UGUUUACUUUUCUAAGCAACAACAAAAAGUUAUAAAUUUAUUUUCAUUUUAAUUUUAACAACAAAAUAAUGAAUUCCCAGGAAUUUAAGAAAGUUAUAUGUCGAAUUUGUUUAGAUGAGUCGGUAGUAUUAGAUUGGAACGAUAGUAUAAAUGAUUAUAGCGAUAUAACAUACAAAGAUUGCUAUUAUAAAUAUACACAAUUGGAAUGGCUUGCCUCCGACAGCUUUUCACCCAUGUUAUGUCAAACAUGUGCAAAUGGUUUACAAAAUUUCCAUGCUCUAAUUUUAAAAGCAUUAGAAUCGUAUAAAUAUUUUCAAGAAUCUGCAGCAAACAUCAACACACAAAUUGUCAAUAAUAGUUGCACAAAUAUUGAAACUGAUAUAAAAUAUACACCAACAGAAUUUGAAACAGUACUGGUGCAUAAAUUAGAAGUAGAACCUGUAAUAGAAGAUCAUUUUGUGUAUGACAACUCAGAUGAAGAGUUUAAGGUUAAACCGACAAAAACUAAAGUUGGUAGGCGAUCUAAACGUUGUAUAUCUUUAAAGCACAAUCAUGAAAAAUGUAACAAAAUGUCAGAUGAACCUAUGGAAAAAGAUAAAAUAGCGGAUAAUUCUAAUGAUAAUUUGCAGGACUUACAACAAGUAAAAACUCGUAAUAAAACGUUUGCUAAAAGAAAAACAAAAAAACAAGUAGAAGUUAAGGAGAAUAAUACAAAGAAAUCGAAAAGUUUAGAGGAUAUAGAAAAUACUUGUGGUCUGAAGAAUGAGGAAGCUAGAAGUGAGAAUAUAUGUGAUCAAGUCAAAAAUGAAGAAUCACAAAUAGAUGUCAAAGUCAAAAAAAAGUAUAAGGAAAUUAAAAAGCCAAGAAUGUGCUCAAUUUGUUCAAAAAUCUUGCACAACAAGUAUGCAGUACAAAUGCACGAAAAAACCCACAUGGAAAACCGAGAACGAAAAGAGACUUGUAAAGUUUGUGGUUUGAAAUUCUAUGACAAACGUAAUCUCUAUUCUCAUAAGCGUAUACAUAAAGAAAAUCGGGAGAAGAAGCAUAAGUGUGAAUUUUGCAAUAAAGCCUUCUAUGAUAAGGGUGGGCUCAAUAUACACCGCCGCAUUCAUUUAGGUCAAAUGAUACCGUGUACUUUAUGUUCCAAACAAUAUUUUCGUCAAAUUGAUUUAGAUCGUCAUAUGGGUUCACAUUCGGCCACAACAAUAAAUACUGAUACGAAAAAGAGAUCAAGAUAUUUUGUACGCUGUCAACAUUGUGACAAAUCCAUACUAAGUACAAGUUUUAAAUCGCACACAGCUGCUCAUUUAAAUGAACCUUUAAUGAAAUGUUCCAUUUGUAAUAAAGAGUUUUUCAGACGGGGAAGUUGUGUCUUGCAUGUUAAAAAAGUUCAUCAAAAAACGAAUGAAGAAUACAAUGAUUUUAUUGUGCAAUACAAAAAGAAUCGUAUAUCACAUUUGUUUCUAGAGCAAAAAGCUGAUAUACAAUUUAGUGAUGAGUAGUAUAUAAAAAUAUACAAACUUACAAUUUAAUAAGCGAGUAAGACUAAUAUCAUUUGGGAAUAUAAAUGCAAUUAUUAUGUAAACAAUAUUAAGGAAUUGAAAAAAAACGAUUUUAUUAAUUUUCUUUCUAUUUUUUAAAAUUUUAAGAAACAAAGUGUUUUUAUACAUUAAUUUAAAAUCAGUUUUAUAUAUUAAAGUUGUAAAAAUAUGUACUACUAAGGUUUUUAAAUUUCUAGAUUUUUUUAUUUUUUAUAAAAUAUAACAUUUAACUAAAAUAUAUUACGUUUUUUUUUAUAUUUUAUAAAUAAAAUGAGUUAUUUAGCCGGUCGGCGGCAGCUGCAAUAUAAAUAAAUUUUUGAUUUUUUCAAUUGGCAGUGAAUACUGUCAUCACCUUUGUAAAUUCGCCUUGAAUUUGACUUAAAAAUAAUAUUGACCAAGGCGAAUUCAGAUAAGGUGGUGGCAGUUCUGCAACAACAACAUUUCCUAUGUAUUUUGUUUUUGC